AUGACGGAUGUGAGAAACGGCCCACAAAUUUUCUUUCUUUCUUUCAUUCUCUCUUUCUUUUUCUUUUUCUUUAUAUCGCUUUUUUCUUUUCUUUUCAUUUGUUGUUUCUAUCUUUCCCUCUCUCUCUCUCUCUCUCUUAUUCUCUCUCUCUCUCUCUCUCUCUCUCUCUCUCUCACACACACUUUUGUGCAUAUCUAUCUACGUUUGUUCAUAUCUAUUAAUCUCUCUCUCUCCCUCUCUCUCUCCCUCUCUCUCUCUCUCUCUAUCUAUCAAUCUAGCUAUCUAUCUAUCUAUCUCAGUUUGUUCAUAUCUAUCUAUCUAUCUAUCUAUCUAUCUAUCUAUCUAUCUAUAUAUAUAUAUAUAUAUAUAUAUAUAUUUCUGUUCGUACCUACACGACAAUUUACCCAUCGCACCAUCCAUCUAUCUAUCUAUCUAUCUCUGUUUAUUAUCUAUCUAUCUAUCUAUCUAUCUAUCUAUCUCUGUUUAUUAUCUAUCUAUCUAUCUAUCUAUCUCAGUUUGUUCACCUCUAUCUCCAUCAAGCUGCUCAAAUGUAUAUACUCUAUUUUCUACAUACCUAUCUAUUUCAGUCUGUUCAUUAUCUAUCUAUCUAUCUAUCUAUCUAUCUAUCUAUCUAUCUAUCUAUCUAUCUAUCUAUAUCCACACGCACACAACACACACACUUAUAUAUAA